AUGGCCCCCUACAAUGUCCGCAUGGUGUUUCCGACUGCGGUAUUAGCGGUGAACAGCACUGGCUUACUCCUGUCCUUUACGGCGGUGGCAUUGAGAUUCUACUCGCAGUCAUUGCGUGGCACCAAGAUGGGACUGUCCGAGUACUCCAUCAUAGCCUCCUGGCUCUUCACCUUCGGCCUAGUCGUCUCCGAGAAUUUCACCGUCACCCACGGCGGUGUCGGCCAGGUCUCUUCAACCGUAACAGCGGAAGAACUCCUGUUCUCCACCAAGCAAUUCAUCACCAUAGGCGUCUGCGGCUCCCUAUCCGUAACCCUCGUCAAAAUCUCCCUUCUUUCUUACUUCCUCACAGUAUUCUCAGCCUACCACUGGUUCGUCAUAUGCGAUUACAUCCUCCUCGCCCUGACAACAGGGUACGGCAUCGCCUUUGUGAUCGUCUCCCUCGCCGGCUGCCGACCCUUUAGCGCAAACUGGGAUAAAGUCUCCAAUCCCGACUAUGUCUGCAUUGAGACGAGCAAUUUCUAUGUAGCGCAGACGGGGGUGGGGGCUAUACUGGAUUGUCUGAUCUUGUUGCUGCCGGGGGGGGUGAUUUUGGGGUUGAGGAGUAUGAGGAGGCGAAGGAAGUGGGGGUUGUGGGGGGUUUUUAGUUUUGGGAUCGUGAUCUGUGGCGUCUCCAUUACGAGGCUGGUUUACAAUAAUAUGGAGGAGUGGAUGGCUACUAACUUUACAGAGUACGCGGGUAUUGCGGCGUUGUUGGGGGCGUUGGAGGCAAAUUUGAGUAUUGUUUGUGCUUGUAUGCCUGCUAUGCCGGCGCUGUAUCAUAAGGUGAGGGGGCGGUGGAAGGGGGGGGAUCGUCAGGAGGUGGGGAAGUUGGGAGGGGAGGAGAGUGAUGGUGGGGUGAAGGGGGAGGGGGUUGAGAGUGAGAAGACGGUUGAUGUUGAGAGGAGGAGGUUGAGGGAGGAGGGGGAUAAGCUUUAUCCGUUGAGUGUUACACAGAAGACGGUGGUGAGUAGGACGGAGGGGGAGAGGGAUGAUGUGGAAGCAGGGGGGAUGGAGUUGUGGGCUGGGCCGGGGGUGGUGGAUUUGGAUAUGUUGGAUUUGCCGAGGAUGAAUAGGGUUGAGAGCGGGAGUGAGGGCGGCCAGGGGCUGCCCGAGUCGCCUUGUUGGGGGGUUAAUCAGGCGAGGAAGUGGAGGCGGUGA